UUUCUUUUCCCUUUUUCCUUUUUUCUUCUUCCUCUUCUCCCACAUCAGAGAAAACGACGUCUAUCCGAUCGGCAGCUGCUGUCAAGUUCCUCCAGGGGACAACUCUUUUUUUACGUCCUUUUCCUUUUUCUCUCCUAUUUCGUUAUUUCCUCCUCUCUGUCCUUGUCCCGUUUGUGCUGUGUGGUUUCCCGUUAGUUCCGCUUCCAGUUCAACAGGUUCCAAGCCACAGCCUAGCUCACAUCUCUGGACUUUUUGAUGAGAGCCUGGUCUGCUAUUUGCCUCCAAUACCUACACUGAGCCGAGUCUCCACCACCCGCGCUUUCUCGUCUCUAACUCACGCGAAUCUUGUCGCUUUGCCUUUAUUUUUUAUCAUUUUCUUCCUUUCCCUCCUCUGCGACCUGUAGUGAUUCCACGCGCCCAGCUUGUGUCUCAACUCGCCGCCGGGCACCGCGCAAUCGACAAUCUCUCUGCUUCUGCCUCGAGCACUGCUUCGGCGCUAGCCCUACGCUAGAGCUUACCGACCGCCCUUGCUUUCCCCUCCUCGAGGCCGCCUCUCUCCUGUCACUUCGUGGACCGACUCGUCGCACGCGCCACGUUCGCCACGCGAUUUGCAUUUUGACAAGCUUCGAUUUUCAAGCUCCCGCCUUGGUAGCCUCGAACUAUCAAAGCCUUGUCGCAUUUCUGUCGCCAAGUGUCGCCGAGCGGGACAUUGUAGAGCAUUUGGGGUCUUCUCUAGUGGCGCGGCCUUGUCCGACCAAAAGCGGAAUCCAAUUCCUUGCUCCCACCGCUUCCCCCCGCCUUUUUCUCCCACCUAUCAAGUCACUUUUUUCCUUCCUUUUUUUUUUUGCCCUCCGCCAAAUUUCCUUAGUCUCGGCCGUCUCAUCCGACCGACGCAUCGCGCCGACCCGUAUCGUUCUACGCUCAAGCUCAAGCCGGAUCCCGCACCCACUGCUCAUCGGUCGCAGCAUAACUAGACUCAAUCAUUUGCCUACAUUACUCUGUCGAACUGUCAAACCAGCGACAUGGCUGACAACGGAUCCCCCGCCGGCACGAACCAGCUGCCCUCUCAGCAGGGUCCUGGUGCGCCAGGCUAUGAUGGCGCUCAGAAUGGCCACCCAAACCAGGCUCAGAUGCAGCCGCCCCCUCUGCACAUCCCCCAGAACACAAACCCGAUCCCAACGGCCAUCACGUCGCCAAUGGGUGGUGGGGACAAGAGCGCGCUCAUGUCACCGGGCGGCACCUCUCCAUUCGGCCGCCGCACUGCCCCCGAGCCCAACAAGCGCGCUCUCUAUGUGGGCGGCCUUGACGCCCGCGUGACCGAGGACGUACUGCGCCAGAUUUUCGAGACGACUGGUCACGUCCAGAACGUCAAGAUCAUCCCCGACAAGAACGCUAAGGGCUUCAACUACGGCUUCGUCGAGUACGACGACCCUGGUGCGGCUGACAGGGCCAUGCAGACCCUUAAUGGCCGUCGGGUUCACCAAUCGGAAAUCCGUGUCAACUGGGCCUACCAAUCUGCCAACACGACGACCAAGGAGGAUACGUCCAACCACUUCCACAUCUUCGUUGGUGAUCUUUCCAAUGAAGUCAAUGACGAGGUGUUGACGCAGGCCUUCUCCGUCUUCGGCUCAGUCUCGGAGGCUCGCGUCAUGUGGGACAUGAAGACCGGCCGCUCGCGCGGGUAUGGUUUCGUGGCCUUCCGUGACCGCCCAGAUGCCGAAAAGGCCUUGAGCUCCAUGGACGGCGAGUGGCUUGGAUCGCGAGCAAUCCGCUGCAACUGGGCCAACCAGAAGGGCCAGCCCUCAAUCGCCCAACAGCAGGCGAUGCAAGCCAUGGGAAUGACUCCGACCACCCCCUAUGGCCACCACCACUUCCCGACCCACGGCAUGCAGAGCUACGAGAUGGUCCUCAACCAGACUCCGGCCUACCAGACGACCUGUUACGUUGGAAACCUGACCCCAUACACUACCGCCAACGACCUGGUUCCACUCUUUCAGAACUUUGGCUAUGUGGUCGAGUCUCGCUUCCAAUCCGACCGCGGCUUCGCCUUCAUAAAGAUGGACACACACGAGAACGCUACAUCCGCCAUCUGCAAUCUGAACGGCUACAACGUUAAUGGCCGACCGCUCAAGUGUAGCUGGGGCAAGGACAAGAACACGGCCAGUCCUCAGGUCGGCUUUGACCCGUCCCAGGGAUCUUUUACCCCUCAAAGCGGCCAGGGACCUGCCUCUGGUUUCCCUGGAACUCCCUCUAGCUUCUUCCCGCAGUAUGGUGGCCAGUUCAGCGGCCAGCAGGGCAACUUCGGGCCAAACCAAGGGCAGUCCCCUGCCGGCUACCCUCAGCAGCCCAUGGCCUUCAACAGCCCACAGAGCGCUGGUGGAUAUGGCCGCGGCCAGCAGGCCCCCAACGCCCAGUGGACUGCAUCCCCGGGACAGAACUUCAACAACGGAUACUCGGGUUACCAGGGCUAGUCUGCCGGAAGUCCCGUCCUGGUCAGGGGGCCAUGUCCAUAAUGGACAGCCUGUAUCUGUGAGGCGUCAAUGUGAGCACGACUGGACGGGUUCGUGGGAAGACACGUGCCUGUCAUACCCGAAAGGGCGUGGCAGCUGGACGCGUCAUCCUAGCGGCCGCCGGCAUCUCGCGUCCGGUCCCGUGCGGCCCUAGCUUGACCUCGCGAGCAUGUGUGAUGGACAACUCCACCCCCACGGCAAUUUUAUUUCCCGCGCCGUCUUGCUCUCCAGUUAUCUCUUUCCUCUACUAUCUUUCUCACUCUGUCUGCGGCUUUGGCGGGAUGAAAAUUGAAUGAAGUGACCGUUGGCGUCCUGUUUUUUCUAGGUCGUUUCCAUGCCAGCUUUUCAUGCGGGUCUCUCCAUCCUCUUCUCAUUUUUCUCUAAUCUUCACGACUGUUUUCCAUUUUCGUCUCCAGCUGACUGCUUGCCUGGGUCGAUGUACUGAUUGUCGGGCAUGUCUCUUCCGUGUGUUCUUUCCGUUUGCGGUUGAUUUCCCGCGCGCUGGUGAGGUUCCUUUUCUUUCCCUCGCCGUUUGCAAUAUCCUGGGUUUGGGCCUUCUUGUAGUGGCAGGCAUCGCAGCCCUGACCGGAGGGAAAAGUUCUCGUCUCUUUUGAUUUCAGCCGCUGGAUACCACCUUGAGCAUACUGGAAUGCCUUUUCCGACUCCAGUUUUCCUUUUGACGACUUUAUGAUAGUACUACCCCAUCACGAACUUCUCUAAUACGGGCCUCAGCGGUUCACGCAGCGCUGGCUUUCUGCAAGGGACUCAUGGAGCGUUGCAAAUAUAAUUUCAUGACCUGUCAUGACUUCGGUUCUUUUUCUUCCCAAAUAUGUCUUCCUGUUUUCUCACCCUCGUAUCUUUGCCUUGUGUGUUGGUGGUCUCGUUCGAGUCACUUUCCUUUUCGAUUUUGUGGUUCGGCUCACCAUCUCUUCCCUGCCAUUUCUUCCUUACUUUUUCAUUUUCAUCUCUCCCCAGUAUUAUUCUUCCCUUGUAUACGUCCCACAUACCCACUACAGACACGGAUCAUAUUGUUGACCUUGCUCAGUCUGUUUGGUGGAUGCGUUUUUGCAUGGCGAGGGCACGAGUGCCCGCCCGGGGCAGCUAUCCCUAGUGGCCAACCCCACUACGACAUGACCAAGGGGGGCAAGAAAAAAAAAUAACAAAAAAAGGCGGCAGCCGAUGCCAUAUGUUGUUGUAAAAACCCUCCUGCAUAUGACGCCUCAGAUGUCCGAACUAAGAGGCUCCACGCGCGAGUUUCUACGCUUGGUUGUGUAGGAAGAUCUACGUGUGCUACAGGCUACCCGCUCGCCACUCAGCCCUGGAGGCAGCGUGGAUAGGUGCCUGCCGAACUGUGGGCGGGCUCACUCAGCAUAAUAACAUUGAAUGCAGGCACACGAGACUGGGGAUGGCGGUAACUUGGACACGGGUCACAUACGGACGCAAUAACUGUCGUGCGACCCGAUGAAUUCGUGCUUGUAGCCGUACAGAUGGGGACGUGUCGUCAACAGGUGCGCUCAGGUUGCGACAUGGAGGCUUGUCAUGUGUCGCAAAGUAGCCGCCACGCCAGGAGGUGCUCGGGUGCUCGGGUAGCAUCAGAUUGAGUUUGGGGUUCGUUGCCGGAAGACAUUUGGUAGCUUGGUGUUAGCACGGCCAAAGGCGGGCGGAGGAACGCUGUGGACCUGGACAGCUGCCGAUAACGUGCAGGUAUGGGAUGGGAGGUUGGGUACCUAUGGCCCGCGAAGGGGAUGCUAGCGCCUGGGUUGUGUUG